GUCGGUAAUAAAUAGCGCGGGCGGCGACGGGCGCCGCGCAUCGGCGGGGCUGCGGCGAUAAUCGGGACAUUAUGCGCGAGUGUAUCUCGGUCCACGUCGGCCAGGCCGGCUGCCAGAUCGGCAACGCUUGCUGGGAGCUCUACUGCCUGGAGCACGGGAUCCAGCCGGAUGGGCAGAUGCCCAGCGACAAGACCAUCGGAGGGGGCGACGACUCCUUCAACACCUUCUUCAGCGAGACGGGGGCGGGCAAGCACGUUCCUCGGGCCGUGUUCGUCGACCUGGAGCCCACAGUGAUCGACGAGGUCCGGACCGGCACCUACCGGCAGCUCUUCCAUCCCGAGCAGCUCAUCACGGGCAAGGAGGAUGCGGCCAAUAACUACGCGCGGGGCCACUGCUCGAUCGGCAAGGAGGUCGUGGACCUGGUGCUGGAUCGCAUCCGGAAGCUGGCGGACCAGUGCACCGGACUGCAGGGGCUGGAGGGGAGAAGGAGAGGGGUGGUGAGAUUGCUGUGCUCGGAGACAGUAGGGAUGCAACGGGCCGAGUGGCCUCAUUCCGCCCGGUAA